UGAUAGCCAAAGACACCCCGAGCAUACGACCUGGUACUUUUCUGCCGUUGGUUGUUGGGUUUUGGUUAUUGGCUGUUCUGAAGCGACUUGGACUCGUGUUGAGUUCUUGAUGCCUCGUUAGUUGUUGAUGACACUUCAGUUUGGAAUGUUUAGAGUGCGCUGCUCCGCGGACCCGUGCAACUGAGAAAUCGAGAAUCGACUCGCGACCCUUGAACUAUCGAGCGUUCUCGGUGAUAAACAUUAGCCUAAAUCGAACUAUGUGUGGCAUUUAAGUUGCCCUAGCAGGACACCCGCUUAAAUCUUCGCAGUGCUACCCACUAAAUAUACACAAAUAAACACAUUUUUUUUGCGUGCUCCGAUCACCGUAAAAGCUCCAAAGUGGCGGAGAAACGCAAAAGUCCGCCCACGCCGCCACCCGCGCCGCAGCGUACCAAAUCAAACAGUGGUUCCCCGAUAUCGCACAGCGAUAUGACCACGUCGGCCUCCUUGGAGAGGACCCCCUCAAAGCGGGAUCGAGAUCGCGAGCGGGACAACAGCAGCGGUCUGGGCAGCGCCGGCAGCUUGCCCGCAUCGCCCCAAAGCGCGAUCACGGUGAGUCCGUCCUCGCCAGCCACGCCGAAGCGUCCGCUACGCACCUCAACGCCCUCGCUGGAGCGGAAGAGGGAGCGCGAGGAUCGGGCGGAGCGGGAGGAUCGCAAGGAGCGGCAGGAGCGUCACGAGCGGCACGAGCGCGACAGAGAUCACGAGCGGUUCGCCACAGUUUUCAGCACCGCCAGCACCACCGUGCCCACGAACACGAGUUCCAGUUCCGGCUUGGCGCCCGAGCAGCUCCGCAUUCCGACGGGUGCAGCCGCCUUCAGCGGAUUCCCGGGACUCCACAGCAUGAGUAGCCUCAUGCUUCCUUCGUCGGCGGCAGUGGCUGCCGCAGCAGCCGCCCCCUUUCUGCCCUGGUCGCCCAUCCUGCUGCCGCCGUGGAACCACGCCCUCCUACCAGCCGCCUUCUACCCGGCGGCCCUGCGAAACGCUCUACCCGGCCUAUUCGAUGCCAAGGUGCCGUCGUCCCAACGCUCUGGCUUCCAUAUAUCGGACAUCCUAAACCUGGAGGGCUCCGAGCUGAAGAAUGCAGCCGCUGCCGCCGCCGCAGCCGCCCAACAUGGCAGUGACUUGAGCCACCACUCGGCCACUGAGUCCACCAGUGGACACCGCGGCCAGGGAUCUCACACCUCGCCCUCGGCGCUCUCGCCCACGCCAACUGGCGGUUCGGUGGACGAGCAGCACAGUGGCAGCGGAACGGGCGGCGGAGCGGGAGAAGCGGACCACCACAGCACCACCGAGCACCACGCCCCUCCGAGCCAUCCACAGCAACAGCACCCGCACCCGCAUCCGCAUCCGCACCACCAGCAGCAGCACCACCACCCCCACCUCCUCCUCCCGCAGCAGCACCAUCAGCAGGCGGUGGCCCCACUCCCAUUGACGCACCACCAGAGCGGCGAGGCCCAGAGCCACGCCCACGCCAACGCAGCCGCCGCCCACCUGCUGGCCAGCCACAAUGCAGCGGCUGCGGCUGCCGUGGCCGCCGGCCAAUACCUGCCCAACCUGCCAAAGAACUUCCCGGGGAGCUUCGGCGACGAGAUGUCCUCGUACCACCACAUGGCCCAGACCAUGCUGCAGCACUCGGGCAGGAGUGCGUGGAUCAAGGAGAACGAGCUAUACGGCACCCAGCAGCCCGCCAGUCCGGAUAGCACCUCCCCAGUGACCUCGGAGGUGUCCUACACCUACAUAGGCUCCAAUUGCCAGACAUCGCCUGCCCUCUCCGGCGACUACAAGAGCUACAGCCGGUCGGCGGAUAGCGAUGCACUGUCCGUGGGCGAUGCCCUGCACACCCUCCACGGAUCCUCGGGAAACGGCAAUGGGAGCAAUGGGGGUAAUGGGGGUGCCGGAGGAGCUCCGACGGCCCAUGCCCUGCACAACAACAACAAUAAUACGACAAACAACAAUAACCACAGCCUGAAGGCCGAGGGGAUCCAUGGAGCGGGCAGUGGCCACGAUGACAGCCUGAACGAAGAUGGCAUCGAGGAGGACAUCGACGACGUGGACGACGCCGACGGGAGCGGCGGCGGGGACGCAAACGGAUCCGAUGGUCUGCCAAACAAGAAACGGAAGCGACGAGUCCUUUUCACCAAGGCGCAAACGUAUGAGUUGGAGCGUCGGUUUCGACAGCAACGUUACUUGAGCGCCCCGGAACGCGAGCACCUGGCCAGUCUGAUCCGCCUGACGCCGACGCAGGUGAAGAUCUGGUUCCAGAACCACCGCUACAAGACAAAGCGGGCGCAGAACGAGAAGGGUUACGAGGGUCAUCCUGGCCUGCUGCACGGCCAUGCCACCCAUCCGCAUCACCCCAGUGCCCUCCCCUCGCCUCGUCGGGUAGCCGUUCCUGUUCUGGUGCGGAACGGCAAGCCCUGCUUGGGCGACAGUUCCAAGCUGGGAGCCGACUGCGUUUCCGUGUCCUCAGCCACCGCCACCGCCAUGCAGAAUGCCGCCGCCCAUCACCUGGUUGCCCUGAAUGGAGCGGCCGCCUAUCAACAUGCCGCUGCAGCGGCUGCCGGUUUUCACGCCCACGCCCAUGGACACGGCCAUCCCCACGCCCACGCCCAGAGGGCCGCCUGGUGGCCCUAAUAUUGCUAGGAACUGGCAUUCAUGGGGGACUGGGGGCACUUCAAUAGGUGGUUAGCUAUCCACCAGCCCGUGGAGCGAUGAGCCGGAAGACCUGGCCUCCAGCUGCCCAAGGAAGCCAAGUCACAGAAUGCGGAAAAGUAAUUGAAACAUAUGCAAAUCCCCACUACCUACUAGCGUUUAGUCUCCCUUAUCCCUGAGUCGUUUCUGUACAUAGUUUAUAUAUAUCAUCAUAUAUAUACCUAAAUGACAUGCAUAUAUCCGCUCCUGGAUAUCAGACCAAUGCCCAUGACAAAAGAAAACUACAUGUCCUUCUGAAUAAAAAACAAUUUGCAUUAUACUAGUGUCUCUUGUCAAGCGCAUUUAAAUCGCAUAAAAUCUAGCAGUAGACCCAUUUUUUUUUUAUUUUUUUUUAGACCUAAGUCCAAGCCCAAAGAUAAAAUGUGUACAUAUAUUAUAAAAAUGAAGCUUAGAUUAUUUCAAACGGGAAAAUAAUAAUAAGCAAUAUGCAACUAAAUCUGUACUAUAUACUAUAAUCAAUUCAAGCGUAAUAAGUGUUCAAAUUUUUUAGACAAAACUUAUUGGCCUUUUUUUUUCUAUGAAUACAUAUAUAACAUAGGCACUUAGUCUAACACAUAUUUUUUUCGUGAGUGUGUGCGUGUAUAGAAAGUAAAAAUCUUUGAAUUUAUAGCAAGUAAUGAGUUCAUAAAUUGUAACAAAAAAAACCGGACAGUACGAAGGCAGAGACGGCAAGGCAAAUGUAUUCAAAAUGGACAACAAAGCAAAACAUCACUGCAAACAGCAAAAUGCAAAGUACAUGUCAGAGAUUUAAUAAA